AUGUCGCUGGGGGCCGCGCUGCUGGCGCUGGCCGCGCUGCUCUGCGCCGCUCCGCCGCCGGGUCCCCGUGGGGCGGCGGCGGCGGUGGUGUGGACCGCGUGGCUGAACGUGUCGUGGGAGGACGGCGCGAACCACAACCGGAGCGGCUGGGAGGCGAGCGAGAGCGGCCUGUACGGGCAGGACUCGCCGCUGCAGGCGGCCGCGGGGGUGCUGGUGCUGCCCGACAGCCGCGACUCCUUCAACGCCUGCAGCGCCCGCACCAACUUCAGCGGGGCCCCCCCCGCCCGGGGCGGCUCCCCGGGCUGGCUCGCCCUCAUCCAGCGCGGCGGCGGCUGCACCUUCGCCGACAAGAUCCGCCUGGCCGCGGAGCGCGGCGCCGCCGCCGCCGUCAUCUACAACUACCGCGGCACCGGCAACGACGUGCUGCCCAUGUCCCACCACGGUGCUGAAAGCAUCGUUGCAAUUAUGAUUGGCAACCUGAAAGGCAUGGAAAUCUUACACCGGAUUGAGAGUGGCAUGAAAGUGACUAUGGUUAUUGAAGUGGGGAAAAAGCAUGGUCCUUGGAUGAAUCAAUACUCCAUCUUCUUCAUCUCGGUGUCAUUUUUCAUUGUCACAGCAGCAACCAUGGGCUACUUUAUUUUUUAUUCUGCUCGGAGACUCAGAAUCGCAAGGGCCCAGUCCAGGAAUCAGCGACAACUAAAGGCCAGGGCUAAGAAGGCCAUUGAACAGUUACAGCUGCGCACCCUGAAGCAAGGGGACAAGGAAACUGGUCCUGAUGGAGAUAGCUGUGUUGUGUGCAUUGAGCUGUACAAGCCGAAUGAAGUAGUACGUAUUCUGACUUGCAACCAUCUCUUCCACAAGAACUGUAUUGACCCCUGGCUUCUGGAACACAGGACAUGCCCCAUGUGCAAAUGUGACAUACUCAAAGUUUUGGGUGUUGAGGUGGAUGUAGAAGAAGGGACCGAGGCAUCUGUGCAAGCCACAGUAUCCAGUAGGACAUCAAAUGUCUCUGCGGUUAAUGAAGAGGAUAAUCAUAGUGAAACAGCAUCAUCUGGAUAUGCUUCUGUACAAGGAGCAGAUGAAUCUGUUCUGGAGGAACAUGCACCAUCAGAAAAUGACAACAUGCAUCUUGUAAACAACGAAUCCCAGCCCUCAGCUGUGAAUGUCCUUCCGCACGUUGACAACCCAAGUUUUGAGGCAGACGAAACACAAGUUUGUGAAGUCAGGUCCUAAGACCAUGCCCAGCUUGCCUUCUCCAAGGAGCU